AUGGCGCAUUAUCCUCAACCGGCCUCGUUGGAGGCCGCGUUACCCCUCCUCAGCAGGCCGGACCUUCGAUUACGGCAGCAGCUCGGCGAGCAGCUAACGGUGCUCGUACGCAAGGAGCCGGAGAUCACGCAUGAGCUGGCAGCUCAGCUGUUGGACGCGCUGGUCUCAUGGCUGAACGGUGGAAACUUCAAGAUAGCCCAAAAUGGGCUGGAAGUACUAGCAGGGCUGGCGGAACGUAUGGGACCAGAAUUCUCGCAUUACGUGCCAACCGUACUGCCGCAUAUCAUUGACAGACUAGCGGACACUAGGGAGGGUGUCCGCCAUAUGGCCCGCGUGUGUCUCGCAGCUCUAGGCGAGAGUAGAGCGGCGCCCCCCCGCGCUCUACUGGCGCGCCUCACCCCCGCGCUGCAGCACAAAGCUCCACACACCAGGGAGGAGGCGGUGCGCUGCAUACAGACGCUACUAGACACACAUGGUGCCACAGAGUUGCAGCUACGCGCCGCUGUUCCCAACCUGGCGGCGCUAGUGGGCGAUCCCAAUAGCGCCGUCAGAGAUGCCGCUAUGCAACUUCUCGUAGAUGUAUACAGACACGUUGGUGAAAGACUAAGGUCAGAUUUGAAAAAGAAAGAACUUAUUCCUGCUCAAAAACUAGCGCUUCUGGAGCAAAAGUUUGACGAGGCCCGCGAAGCAGGCCUUCUGUUACCAACAGCGACACAAGGAGCCGACGAACCUGACUUCAUAUCACGAAGUGCGAAAAGAACAAUGACCAUACCCACUUCAGCGAGGUCUCGGGAUGGGGACAGUUCGGGAGCUUCCACACCAGCGUGUGAAGUGCCAAAGCGUACAGUCCCAGGUCUAUACAGUCUACCGUCAGCAAAUAGGAAACCGCCUCCACCAGCCAAACUAACCAGUGCCGGAAGUGUGUCGAGCGGGGCUGGGGGCACGGGCGGGGAGGCGGGCGCGGUAUCGUGGGAGGCGUUCGAAGCGGCGUUCGCAAGUGUAGCCCCCGCCGCUGUAUAUGGCGCGCGUGGACUAGACGACUUAUGUCGACACGCUGCCGCGCUGCUGGGCGACCGCGCCGCUGACUGGGAGAAGAGAGUCUACACGCUAAAGAAAAUCCGCUCACUGCUAGCCGCGAAUGCCCACGUUCAGUUCCCUGCGGAAUUCGCGGCUCACCUAAAAGAACUCUCCGUUCCAUUUCUAGUCGUCAUAAAGGACCUCAGGAGUCAAGUGGUUCGCGAAGCCUGUAUAACGAUAGCUCACAUGGCGAAAGUGCUCAAGACGAAGCUGGAACAAUUCAGCUUAUACAUUCUACAAGAGCUUAUCAACCUUAUCCAGAAUGCAGCAAAGGUUGUUUCCUCGGCGGGUACAGUGUGUGUGCGAUACAUUGUGUUGUACGUACAUUCACCAAGACUGGUCCCGGUCAUAGCGACUAAUCUAACCACAAACAAGUCUAAAGAAAUACGAUCGACGCUCAGUGAGGUGCUGGUAUUGUUAUUGGAGAAAUGGUCUCCGCAAUCCAUAGAAAAGCAGCAACAAGUAAUCAAAGACGCGAUAAGACGCGCCUGCGUUGACGCAGACAGUACAGCCAGGACUUACGGGAGACGAGCGUAUUGGGCGUACAAAAGACACUUCCCCGAAGACGCGGAGCAAUUAUUCGCUAGAUUAGACAUCGCCGCACAGAAACAGAUUGAGAGGGAGAGACAUAUCGGCAGUGUCGACAGUCUCACUCAUCUCGGCACAGAGAGACAAGCCAUCACAAGUCCAAGAAGUCCAUCAGCAAGUGUAUCAGAUCGUUCUCCGAGUGGAUCGGGGGGCGCGGCUCGUUCAGUAUCAGCCGUGGACGCGGCGGCAGCUCAGAGAGCCAGGGCCCGAGCGCUCUACUCGCACAUGAGCAGAGCCAAGAUGGCCGCCGGCACUGCCAGUCUGCCCCGCGCCAAGCGGUCGCCUGUUAGUGGGACCGCUGCCGGAGUCCCGCCCAGUCCAGAAAGGGUGGUUGGUCGUUCCAGAUCAAGACCGGGUGUUUCACAAUCACAACCAACAUCUCGAUCGUCAUCUCCCUCAUCGCGAAGCAGUGGACCGGCGUCAUUGGUCGCGCGAAGAAGACCUUCCGGAAUCCCACGAUCUCUCGCAGGGUCGAGGGAAACUAGCCCCACCAGAACGGGUCGAUCCAGCAGUGUAGUUGGAUCGAUGAUAAGGCGUAGAGAAUCUGUAGAGAGGACUGCUCCGUCUAGGGCUCCAACUGCUACAUUAAGGCUGUUGCAACAGACGAGGGAUGCUGAAAGUGUAUUAAGGAGUCCCGAAGACAGUUCGGUGUGUGACGGCAGCAGAGUCAGAGACGACGAUUCUGAAGCAUCCAGCGUUUGUUCCGAAAGAAGCCUCGACUCUUACAGAAGACACGAUAGUGUAUCAUGGACGGGUUCUGGUCGGCUCGGGUGGGAAUGUUCCCCCCCUCCACCUCCUCCCCCAGACGACAUCAUCGCUCUAUGCGCGUGCACACAUUGGACAGAAAGGAAAGAUGGCCUCACACAUUUGGCCAACUAUUUGAAUAGCGGUCGUCUACUGAACGAAGAUCAGUUGCGUCGUCUAACCGAACUACUUAACAAAAUGUUCGUUGACGCUCACACCAAAGUGUUCUCCUUAUUAUUGGACGCAGUGUGCGAACUACUGCUAGUGCAUUGGCAACAACUCAAGGAUUGGCUGUACCAAUUAAUGUUCAGAUUACUAAUGAAACUCGGUACAGACAUCUUAGGAUCGGUGCAGAGCAAAAUCAUGAAGACUUUGGACGUGAUACAUGAAUGCUUCCCAGCUGAAUUACAACUCCAUAACAUAUUUAGGUUUCUAGCUGAUGGAGCGACCGCCCCGACGACCAAAACGAAAGUAGCGGCUCUUCGAUUCCUCGCUGAUUUAGCUCACGACUAUUGCACGCCUAACAGCCUUUGCGUAGCAUUACAAGGAGGGGCGUCAGGUGUGGCGGGGCGGGCGUUGGCUAAACUGUCAGUGUUGGCCGCGGAGCCGCGCGCGGCGGACGUGCGCACGUGCGCGAGACGAGCGCUCGCGUGCCUAUACGACUGUAAUCCUGUACCGUUUACAGCACUCAUGAGCGAGCUGCCGGCGGAAACACAAGCUUUAGUCAAUGGCGUGGUACAACAGCACGUCCGUCGCACAUCAAGUACUGGCAGCGACAGUCCCCUACGAACAGUGAGCAGUACUAGUAACGCUCAAGCAGAUGAUGUGUACUCUCGUAUACGGAAAACUACAUCUGAAAUACACACCUACACCGCUCAACAUUCCAAUGCAGAAUGCGGCAACCACAUGUCAAGCAAGGAUUCCGGCAUCAGUCAGAUGUCAGACGCUACUCUCUCCAACAACAGGGGUCUGAACGGACAUUACAACGCAAGUGACGCAUUAGCGAGAGCAGCGUCUGCAGACAGUUCUGAAGAGGCUAGCACCAAGGAAUCAUCGCCAGUACCAGCUGCUUUACGGCUCGAUCAUGGGGAGUACAAUUCGGGGCGUGACAAAAUGAAACCAUAUGAGACUGACGAGAACGGAUUUAUCAUCACUAAAUCCGGUCUCCGUGAACAAGAGGUAUUAGAGGCGUUAUGCAAACUGGACGUGUCACAAGCGCCGCCUGAACAAUGGGAGCGAUUGUUACUGGCAACACACGAGAUACUCAAAUAUGGCGACUGCCGGAAACCCUGCGAGUAUUUCAAAAAUAUAGUAAGGGUAGCGUUGGCAGCUUUGUCUAUAGAAGAAAACUCAGGUGACAAGGAGAACUCUGAAAAUUCGAAUGCGCAACAAUCAUCCGGUUGGGGUACAGCGAACGAGCGAGCCGCGGCCGAAGCGGUGAAAGUAUUAAUCUGGUUGUGCCGAAGACAAGAAACCAGACCACAAUGGUUGGAUUACUUCGAUUUGAUACUCUUGAAGCUGAUCAACGCUUACGGUGCACUCAACAAAGAGGUGAUGCGAGCAGUGGACGCGGGUAUGCCGCAUAUAGCAGCCGCGCUGCCCGCCCAUCAGGUACUGGCGUUACUAAAACCUGUGAUUCGUACACGAGGCUAUCCUACUUCUCUGUGCGCUUUGAAACUGGCCGCUGAAGUGGCGAAGGCGAGAAGUCACGAGCUCACUGACGAUACCGUCUCACAACUCAUGGAAGGAGUAGGACAGUUGGCGGAUCAUCAGAAUUCGGCUGUACGCAAGGCGGCUGUGUUUUGUAUGGUGGCGUUUACAUUCGCAUUAGGCGAGGCUAGAAUGCAACCCCAUCUGAGACAUCUGUCCGUCAGCAAAUAUAGACUACUGCAGGUAUAUAUCAGUAAACAGCGCGAAGAGCAAGCCAGGGGUGGUGUAUCGUAG